CAAAAAUGGAUUCCGAAAAUUCUACUGAUUCAUACUCAUCGUUAUUAGAGAAUCUGCGCACUAUUGAAAACAUGUAUAAACUCUUUCAAAAUCCUUCUCUGACAUUACACGAGGAUUCAAGACUUGGAUUAAAAAGGGUUAUAGACGAUUUUGCGCAGCAGAGUGUUUGGUCUCAAGUUAAAACAUUUGAGGAGAAAUAUUUCAAAUUUCCUCCUAAAACGUGUCCAAAUUGUGGGAAAAUGAAGAAAGCCGGAAGGCAGGUGGUUAUUGCAAUAGAUGCGGUACGAAGGUUCGCACAUCUCGGGAAUCAUCUUCAACAACCUUCGCCAACUCAACUGUUUUCUAAUUCUGACUCAAUCAAGAAUGGGCAUUCCGGCAUCCAACAGAAGAAUGUAGCCAUUGUUCCAAAAUUUCAAUCUGGUCAGGAAACAGUGAAUGCACUUGAGAGACAAUCAAAGUGGGAAGAUAUUCGAUAUGCACAGGAGCAAAAAUCGAGUCAGAAGAAGAAUCAGACUCAACACAGAAUAUCUACCCCACCUUCGAAGUUGUCAAGGAAGGUUGGAUAUGGCGGUUCCAAGGAAGUUGGCCCAUGUCGACAAAGAUACAAUAAUGUCCCAAGCGAUGUCAUACUGGCGCCAACACUGAUGCGAUUUGAUCGGAUUAAUGGAUCUAUGUCAACAUUUUCAGAUUCUGCUUCGUCAUCCGCUUCUGGGUCUUCUAGUGGCAACGAGAGGGAACCACAUCCACGACGCAGAAUGCUGGAUCACCGUCGCCUUUAUAGGUCCUUAUCAAGGAGUAGAUCGCCAUCGGAAGAUUACUCAUAUAGUUCCAGCAGGUCCACGUCACGUAGUAGAUCACCAGAUGAGGUCUACUCACAUAGGAGGAGUCGUGAUUCCAACGUUUAUCCAUCACAUCAUUCCACUGACAAGAUGGGAUGGUUUAGACGAAUAAAGAACAAGUUUGGAGGCAUGUUCCAUCAUCAGAAUGACCACCACCAUCAUCCCGGCCGUCAUAAUACUGGUGUUUCAUCAUCCAAGGAGGAUGAAAAUGUCCACGCUCAUCAUCGGUCUGCUGGGAAUCCUGUAAGUAAUGACAUACUCCACCACAAAACCAAAGACCAGAUGGUGAGAAAGAACAAGAGAAGAACACAGCUUAAGAACAGACCGGAUUUCAAACAGCAGGGACAUCUUAGAAUGCUCUUUGGAGGUUUCAUUAGUCACCUUUGGGGCUCGAAUAAAUCUAAGCCGUCAAAAGCUGGUAAAAGACGAUUAGAAAGAACAGUAACUGGUAAGAGAAAACUUGUUGUCAAGAAACUGCAUUGGUGGCAGAAAAUUCGUAGCCGAGGCUCGUUUAAUCGUGGAAAAUCACGCGUUGAACUUGGAUUUAAGGCCAAGCAUCCCAAGCCCAAGGGGUACAAACAUGCUAGUGAAAUGAUGAAACUUUUGUAAGUAGAUACACAAGAAAUAGCGCAAUGACACCUGUAUUAAAUCUGGGUUCUGUAUCUGAAUGUUCAAUUUUAGUGUAAACAUAUUUUGUAUUAGAGAUUUUUCUGUAAACACAUCGUUUGUUG